CGUGUGGCAGAUAAAUGCGAAACUAAUUUUAAACAGCCCACAAUCGAUGCUGCGCUCACCUGCAUAGUUAGUUCCGCUGAGACCAACGCAGCACCUCAAAACUCAUGUCUUAUGUCAAAACUGUACCAGCCCUUACUCGGGCAGGCGUGGAUAUAAACGUCAGAAGACUGAAUACCCUUUCUAACCGAAGAGCACAGUCCACUGUCGCCUCAACUCAGGCAGACCAGGAUGUCACCAACAGAGAGUCCUACUCUUCAAGGAAAAGCAGAAAUGCUUCCUCCUCUCCAAAGAUCUCUAUUGACUUUGAGCUGACACAGGAAGCAUACAAGAGUAAAGACAAUUUAGAACUGCUCAGAAGUUUGGUGGUUUUCAAACUGUGCUCCUAUGACCUUUUGGUUGAUAAGAACAAGGAGCUGAUGGAUAUCAGUAAGUUCCUACUGGGGAAGAAGGCAUUUGAGCAGUUUAUGAAGAUGACAUUCUAUGGCCAGUUUGUGGCGGGAGAGGACCACAAGUCCAUCAAGUCUCUGAUUCAAAAGAACAGGGCCUUCGGAGUGGGCUCUGUCCUGGACUACAGUGUAGAGGAGGACCUCACACAAGAGGAUGCAGUGACUAAAGAGAUGGACUCAUGUGUGUCUGCUACAGAGAAAGAAGGCAUGAGCAUGGACCACAGAGAAAAGCAGUAUAAGGCUCACCAACAGUUUGGGGACCGUCGAGGGGGAGUGACCGGCGCCAGGACAUACUUCUACUCUGAUGAGGCCAAAUGUGACCAACACAUGGAGACCUUCCUAAAGUGUAUCAAAGCAUCUGGUGGGAGCUCAGUGGAUGGCUUCUCUGCCAUCAAGAUGACUGCACUGGGACGACCCCAAUUCCUGCUCCAGUUCUCGGAGGUUCUGGUGAAAUGGAAGCGUUUCUUCAGCUUCCUGGCGGCACAGCAGGGGAGAGAUGGCAUGGAGGCUCUGGAGCAGAGGCUAGAGCUGCAGCCACUACAGGAUUUUAUGACCACGCUGGGGUCCACAGGUGACUUCCAUGGCUGGUUCACUGGAGAGAAACAAGGAUCAGGAACCAUUGACAGGCUGGACUGGAACAGCCUGAUCGACGACAGAAUAAAGAUAUCAGAUCUGCUGGUUGUCCCAAAUUUAGAGACUGGUCAGCUGGAGCCCCUGCUCAAUAAGUUCACAGAGGAGGAGGAGAAACAGAUGAAGAGGAUGCUCCAGAGGCUGGACGUACUUGCCAAUCAUGCAGAGGAGCACAGUGUUCGUCUGAUGGUGGAUGCAGAGCAGACCUACUUCCAGCCCGCCAUCAGCACACUGACUGUGGAGAUGCAGAGGAUCUACAAUAGAGGGAGACCUGUCAUCUUCAACACCUACCAGUGCUACCUCAAGGAGGCCUAUGAUAUUGUGACCAUGGAUGUUGAGUUGUCGAGGCGUGAGGGAUGGUUUUUUGGGGCCAAGCUGGUGCGUGGGGCUUAUAUGUACCAGGAGAGGAGCAGAGCGGAGGAGAUCGGAUACGAGGACCCCAUCAACCCUGACUAUGAGACCACUAACAUGAUGUACCACAAGUGUCUAGACUACAUCCUCGAUGAGAUUGUACUGAACAGAAAUGCCAAUGUCAUGGUUGCUUCUCACAAUGAGGACACAGUGAAGCACACCCUCAGGAGGAUGAAUGAGUUGGGCCUGACUCCCACGGAGAACAAGGUGUACUUUGGACAGCUGCUGGGCAUGUGCGACCAAAUCAGCUUCCCAUUGGGCCAGGCAGGUUUCCCGGUCUAUAAAUAUGUUCCAUAUGGGCCGGUGAAUGAGGUGAUACCGUACUUAUCCCGUCGUGCCCAGGAGAACAGGGGCUUCAUGAAGGGUUCCCAGAGGGAGAGGGAGCUGCUGUGGAAGGAGCUAAAACGCAGGCUGGCCUCGGGACAGGUCUUCUACAGACCUCAGCCUGAACCGGGUCUAUGAAAUCACAGCUAGCUAGCUGUCUGUGCUGUGUCAUGACGUUGGCCUCUGAGUAUAGCAACCCCAUCCCCUCUCCCUGCCACCCCCCUUGCCUCCUUCAACUAGGCUGCUGUGGUCAGAGGUUGUAAAUUCCUGAGAAGACCUCAUGGACACACAGUUAUAGAGAGUAGUCUUUCAUGGAGACAAAGGAAAUCCUUCCACCUCACAGAACUCGAGGUACGAACAAAUUUCAUGUUCCGGAGAAAGUGUAAAAGAUCGGUGAAGAAUCCAGCUACGAACUGGUCCGUUUGUCACAACUUGGGAAGCUCAUGGGAGACUGUGGCCACAUUACCAUAACGUUGUUUAUAUAAUAGACCCAGAUAAAGGGUUUAUAUCUGUCGUGGAAGGAUCAGAAUUUGUUGGUAACAUUUGUAAGAUGUUUAAUAUUCAUCAAAUGUGUGUAAGUUAUUUCUCAUCAGAAUGGUAUUUUUCUAUAAUGCUGUGGCGAGGUUGCAGUUAUCUGUUCUAUGUCAAAACUAAGUUGCAUGGGCCGCUGAGAGGGGAGAGGUCAAAGUGUCAUCAUGUGUAAACAUAUCUUUCACUCCCUACCUUUUUCUUGUGGGGAAAGGAAGGGUGGCAGUGUCUGUAAUCAUUCUAUGCUCCCUCUAAUGUUGUUUCUAUCUUAACCUAUAGCCUCAUUCUCCUCUCCGUGAGUUUGUCCAGGAGGUUGUAUUUAGAGUGGGUUGUAUCUAAAUGACAAUUUGAUAUAUGCCUGUUGAUUUGGAGGAUUGGUUUAUGGUUCUGGGGUUUGGGAAAGGAGACAAAGCUGAACGAUGAAUUAUGUCUAUGCUGUCUGACUAUGUGUGUCUUUGCUAUUAAAGGAACUCAGUUGCAUUGUAAGGGGGCUCUCAGAGAAUUCACUGAGAGACACUGAAUUUAUAUGAGAGUCACAGGCUUGUGAUAGAGCUCAUAUAAUUAAAGAUGGAGUUUUAUAACUAACUCUGACUUGUGUGUGUGGUUUGCUCCCAUGAUUUGUUAAAUAGAGGAAAUUUCCACGACACAUCUAAUUGUUGUAUAAGAUGAAUGAGUGAGUAUGAUACUGUUUACAUAAUUUUACAAUGUGAUUUUGGACUGUUUAAUGAAGGAAAACUCAAAAAGGGAAUUGGAUUUGAACUAAAUCAGAGGACCGCCCCUGAGCCCAGUUAGGGUCAGACAUCCUGGGACAGCCCUUUUCUGCCAUUCCGAAUAAAACCCAACUUUGAUAAAUUAU